AUGGUGAGAUUCAACCGCCACAUUCAAGUAGUGGGCUGCCACUGCGCAGGUGAAAGCUGCGAUGUCAUUACCGGGGGGGUUAUGAAUCCGACGGGAUGCAUGACCAUGUACGAUAAGCUGGUCCACUUCCGAGACAACGAAGAUCAAAUUCGUCAGCUUCUCAUGCAGGAGCCCCGAGGACGUUCGGCAAUGUGUCUAAAUCUCGUCCUGCCACCUACCAACAGCAAAGCCGAUGCCGGGUUUCUGAUUAUGGAGAGUGAUGAAUAUCCACCCAUGUCCGGGGGCAACACAAUCGCCACCACUACUGUUCUCCUGGAGACAGGCAUGGUGAAGAUGGCCGAGCCUGUGACAAGGUUGACAUUGGAUACGCCAGCGGGACUAGUAACCGUUGAUGCAGACUGCGAGGACGGGAAGGUCAAGGCGGUUGCCUUCAACAAUGUCCCCGCGUUUGUGUUCAAGCUGGACUUCCAGAUACAGGUCCCUGGGCUCCCAGAGCUUGGAACUAUCACCCUUGACAUUGCCUGGGGAGGCAUGAUCUAUGCAGUUGUCGACGCAACGAAGCUUGGAAUCAAGAUCAACCAUAGAAAUGGCCCUAGGUUGAUUCAAAUCGCGGAGGCAAUCAAGGAUGCGCUGAACAGGUCCGAUUAUAUUCCCGUUCAUCCAGAAAACCCUAGCAUCAAGGGAGUGAGCAUCCUCGAGUUCACAGAGCCUAUGGACAGGGAGACAAUGGAAGCCACAAAUACUGUUGUGGUGUCUCCAGGUCGGUUUGAUCGAUGCCCAUGUGGCACCGGCAGCUGUGCAAGAAUGGCAAUCCUAUAUGCCCGCGGCCAGCUCGCUGUUGGUGAGCGCUUCACCCACCGAAGUAUUAUUGGGAGCACUUUCGAAUGUUACAUCCGUGGCACGACGAAUGUGGGAAAAUACGACGCCAUUGAGCCAACAGUGAAGGGAAGUGCCUGGAUCAAUUCGUUCAAGCAAUAUGUUUUGGAUCCAACUGAUCCUUGGCCUACUGGUUUCCGGGUUGGUGAUCAGUGGCUUGUAGCCGAGGAGUAA